CGAGACACGACAACACAACUCACGAGAGUACAGUAUCAGUAGAACGUAAGAAUACCGGAGUCUGAGUGUCAAGGUUGGCUACAAAUACAAACGUUUGUUCCCCCAAAGAACCGGAACAUCAGCAGGACACCUCGACGCGCACACACAUACACACAUAUCAUAUCAGAUCACACCAGUCAUUCACCAUCCCAUCCCCCCCCUUAUCCAUCACCAUGGCGAUCACUGAGCUCGUCUUUGUGCCCCUAAAGGCCAAUGAACAAGUCAGGGCAGACUUCUACAACGAGAUACCUAGCUUGAUACGAGCCACUUUCAAUGUUGUCGGUGGCCCAAUGGCCUCGGUAGUGGGCCGUGUUCUUGAAAGCAAACCGACUAGUGCAGAUAAUCAUUGCGGAUAUCUUGUGAUUUUCUGCUGGGAAAGUAUCGACAUGAUCAAGGACUUCAUGAAAACCCCUGGUUUCGUCAAUUUCAAAGCUUCUUUGGCGGGGUAUGUGGAUGGCCCCCCCACGUUACAGUUCUUCGAGGCCCCUCCCGGCAUUGCACCUGAAGAGACGCUUCAUGACAGCACCCACUUCUUCUUCAUGAAAUCGACUGGCACUGGGGUUCAAGUCAGCCACGCGAAACAGAAAUGGGAUGAGCUGGCAGCUACCUUCUCUAGAGUCGCCGAUGACAAUGUCAAGUAUCAUAACGGCGAUGGAGUUCAGGAAUAUAACGGUCAUUUUGCUGGGUUCAGUGGUUGGAAAUCAAUCUCGGCUCUCGAUAAGGCCCUUGGCCAAAUGGAGAUCCAAAAGCAGCUGGAGACUCUGACUAAAGUUGGUGGGAGCAUUUCAACUUUCACCUUGGAGCUCAACCGCGUUUUUUGAUCUUGUACCAGUCCUCGACCCACAGAAAUAGUUUUCCUAUCGCACUCCGCUCAGAAUAAAAGCUCAACUCAAUCUUUUUGUGGUUCAAGUCAAGAAAAAUAACUGGCUGUGCAGACGCAGUUCUCCAGAUGAGGACAUGUGAUAAGAAGGCCGAUAAAGUUUGAUCCUUGUGGCGCCAUUAUUACUAUAUUAAUUUGAAUGUUAAGCCUACAGGGA